AUGUCGGACCCCUCAGCGGCCUUCGACUGCCCGAGUUCCAUCACUCUCGGCAGCUCGGACUCCAAUACCCCAAAGGACGCAAGGACGGACGCUUGCGAGGGCAGUCCAGCAAACGAAACUCCCGAGCCUGAGCGCACAGUCCUGGUGGUGGCGAUGAUCGUGGGCUGCAUGUCGUUCAACGUCGUCUACAUACUCCUCGGCAUCCUGGGGAAGGAGAAGGACGACGUGGUGCUCAACAAGGCCUUCUACCUGAAGAAACUCGCGUCCGAGCGCUCAGACCGUGGAGAGGCUCACGGGCAGGCGCAGAUGGAUCUCGUCAAAGAAAAGGAUCCGACAGGGGGCAGGAGGCCGAGAGGAAAGAGAGCGAGUGGAGACACGGCGCCGUGA